CUUCUCUGUGUCGUCAGAGCUCCAGGGAGGGACCUGGGUAGAAGGAGAAGCCGGAAACAGCGGGCUGGGGCAGCCACUGCUUACACUGAAGAGGGAGGACGGGAGAGGAGUGUGUGUGUGUGUAUGUAUGUGUGUGUUUUAUUUUAUUUUUCUUUUUGGUGAUGGUGGUGGAAGGGGGGAGGUGCUAGCAGGGCCAGCCUUGAACUCGCUGGACAGAGCUACAGACCUAUGGGGCCUGGCAGUGCCCGCUGAGAAAGGGAGAAGACAGCAGAGGGGUUGCCUCCGAGGCAACCUCCAAGUCCCAGAUCAUGUCUCUGUGGGGUCUGGUCUCCAAGAUGCCCCCAGAAAAAGUGCAGCGGCUCUAUGUCGACUUUCCCCAACACCUGCGGCAUCUUCUGGGUGACUGGCUGGAGAGCCAGCCCUGGGAGUUCCUGGUCGGCUCAGACGCCUUCUGCUGCAACAUGGCUAGUGCCCUACUUUCAGACACUGUCCAGCGCCUUCAGGCCUCGGCGGGAGAGCAGGGGGAGGGGAGCACCAUCUUGCAACACAUCAGUACCCUGGAGAGCAUAUAUCAGAGGGACCCCCUGAAGCUGGUGGCCACUUUCAGACAAAUACUUCAAGGAGAGAAAAAAGCUGUUAUGGAACAGUUUCGCCACUUGCCAAUGCCUUUCCACUGGAAGCAGGAAGAACUCAAGUUCAAGACAGCCCUGCGGAGGCUGCAGCACCGAGUAGGGGAGAUCCACCUUCUUCGAGAAGCCCUGCAGAAGGGGGCUGACGCUGGCCAAGUGUCUCUGCACAGCUUGAUAGAAACUCCUGCUAAUGGGACUGGGCCAAAUGAGGCCCUGGCCAUGCUACUGCAGGAGACCACUGGAGAGCUGGAGACAGCCAAGGCCCUAGUGCUGAAGAGGAUCCAGAUUUGGAAACGGCAGCAGCAGCUGGCAGGGAAUGGCGCACCCUUUGAGGAGAGCCUGGCCCCACUCCAGGAGAGGUGUGAGAGCCUGGUGGACAUUUAUUCCCAGCUACAGCAGGAGGUAGGGGCGGCUGGUGGGGAGCUUGAGCCCAAGACCCGGGCAUCGCUGAUUGGCCGGCUGGAUGAAGUCCUGCGAACCCUCGUCACCAGUUGUUUCCUGGUGGAGAAGCAGCCGCCCCAGGUACUGAAGACUCAGACCAAGUUCCAGGCUGGAGUUCGAUUCCUGUUGGGCUUGAGGUUCCUGGGGGCCCCAGCCAAGCCUCCACUGGUCAGGGCUGACAUGGUGACAGAGAAGCAAGCGAGGGAGCUGAGUGUGCCUCAGGGUCCUGGGGCUGGAGCAGAAAGCACUGGAGAAAUCAUCAACAACACUGUGCCCUUGGAGAACAGCAUUCCUGGGAACUGCUGCUCUGCCCUGUUCAAGAACCUGCUUCUCAAGAAGAUCAAGCGGUGUGAGCGGAAGGGCACUGAGUCUGUCACAGAGGAGAAGUGCGCUGUGCUCUUCUCUGCCAGCUUCACACUUGGCCCCGGCAAACUCCCCAUCCAGCUCCAGGCCCUGUCUCUGCCCCUGGUGGUCAUCGUCCAUGGCAACCAAGACAACAAUGCCAAAGCCACCAUCCUGUGGGACAAUGCCUUCUCUGAGAUGGACCGCGUGCCCUUUGUGGUGGCUGAGCGGGUGCCCUGGGAGAAGAUGUGUGAAACUCUGAACUUGAAGUUCAUGGCUGAGGUGGGGACCAACCGGGGGCUGCUCCCAGAGCACUUCCUCUUCCUGGCCCAGAAGAUCUUCAAUGACAACAGCCUCAGCAUGGAGGCCUUCCAGCACCGUUCUGUGUCCUGGUCACAGUUCAACAAGGAGAUCCUGCUGGGCCGUGGCUUCACCUUUUGGCAGUGGUUUGAUGGUGUCCUGGACCUCACCAAACGCUGUCUCCGGAGCUACUGGUCUGACCGGCUGAUUAUCGGCUUCAUCAGCAAACAGUACGUUACUAGCCUUCUUCUCAACGAGCCCGACGGAACCUUUCUCCUCCGCUUCAGCGACUCAGAGAUUGGGGGCAUCACCAUUGCCCACGUCAUCCGGGGCCAGGAUGGCUCUCCACAGAUAGAGAACAUCCAGCCAUUCUCUGCCAAAGACCUGUCCAUUCGUUCACUGGGGGACCGAAUCCGGGAUCUUGCUCAGCUCAAAAACCUCUAUCCCAAGAAGCCCAAGGAUGAGGCUUUCCGGAGCCACUACAAGCCUGAACAGAUGGGUAAGGAUGGCAGGGGUUAUGUCCCAGCUACCAUCAAGAUGACCGUGGAAAGGGACCAGCCACUUCCUACCCCAGAGCUCCAGAUGCCUACCAUGGUGCCUUCUUAUGACCUUGGAAUGGCCCCUGAUUCCUCCAUGAGCAUGCAGCUUGGCCCAGAUAUGGUGCCUCACCUGCAGAUGCCCCCCAGCCUGGGCCAGAUGAGCCUGUCCUUUGACCAGCCUCACCCCCAGGGCCUGCUGCCAUGCCAGCCUCAGGAGCAUGCUGUGUCCAGCCCUGACCCCCUGCUCUGCUCAGAUGUGACCAUGGUGGAAGACAGCUGCCUGAGCCAGCCAGUGAGAGCGUUUUCUCAGGGCACUUGGAUUGGUGAAGACAUAUUCCCUCCUCUGCUGCCUCCCACUGAACAGGACCUCACUAAGCUUCUCCUGGAGGGGCAAGGGGAAUCGGGGGGAGGGUCCUUGGGGGCCCAGCCCCUCCUGCAACCCUCCCACUAUGGGCAAUCUGGGAUCUCAAUGUCCCACAUGGACCUAAGGGCCAACCCCAGUUGGUGAUCCCAGCCGGGAGGGAGAACCCAGAGAGACAGCUCUUCUACUACCCCCACAGACCUGCUCUGGACACUUACUCAUGCCCUGCCAAGCAGCAGAUGGGGAGGGUGCCCUCCUAUCCCCACCUACUUCUCGGUCAGGAGGAAAAGACAGGAGAAUGCAUGGUGGGUGGAGCCAAUCCACUCCUUCCUUUCUAUCAUUCCCCUGCCCACCUCCUUCCAGCACUGACUGGAAGGGAAGUUCAGGCUCUGAGACACGCCCCAACAUGCCCGCACCUGCAGCGCGCACACGCACGCACACACACAUACAGAGCUCUCUGAGGGUGAUGGGGCUGAGCAGGAGGUGGGCUGGGUAGGAGUACAGGUUAGGGCAUGGAAGGCUUCUCCGCCCACUCUGACCCAGGGCCUAGGAUGGUUAGGCAGGAACAUACAGACACAUUUACACUAGAGGCCAGGGAUAGAGGAUAUUGGGUCUCAGCCCUGGGGGAAUGGGAAGCAGCUCAAGGGACCCUGGAUGGAGCACAGGAGGGGUCUGGACAUGUGGUUACCAAUACAAGUUUUGCCCUGAUUAAAAAAUCUCCCAAAGCCCCAAAUUCCUGUUAGCGAGGUGGAGGCUUCUGAUAUGUGUAUGAGACUAUGCAAAAGUACAAGGGCCGAGUUUCUUCAUGUAUAGCUGUGUGAACGUGUAUGUACCUAAGAUAUGUUAAUGUAUAGCUGGCAUGUUAGUUGCAUGACCACAUAGAACAUGUGUCUGCUUUUGCCUGUUUGACAACACAAAUUUGGGAGUGUGAGACAUUGCACAGAAGACAGCAGCAAGUGUGCUGGCCUCUCUGACAUAUGCUAACCCAAAAAUACUCUGAAUUUGGAGUCUGACUGUGCCCAAGUGGGUCCAAGUGGCUGUGACAUCUACAUAUGGCUCCAUAUCUCCAAUGCUGCCUGGGAGCCAGGGUGAGAGUCCGGGUCCAGGCCUGACCAUGUGGCCCUCCAGUGUAUGAAGGGGCCCUGCCUGCUGUAUCUUCUCUGUUGCCCUAUCCACUGCCAGCUUCCCUUCACUCCCCCAUCCCAUGUCACCGUUUCUCCCUCUCGAGGCAGGGGUCAUAGAUCCUAAGCCAUAAAAUAAAUUUUAUUCCAAAAUAA